AUGGGUUCAGUUUUACACCAGGACUAUCAAGGAGGCUGUACGAAAACAGAGGAGGAGGAGGGGCAGGCCGCAGAGGAAGACCCUCAGUCUUACCACGGCGUGGGCGUGUGCAAGUGGUUCAAUGUUCGGAUGGGUUUUGGGUUCCUGUCCAUGAACACACGAGAUGGUGUGCCUUUAGAAACUCCAGUCGACGUGUUUGUCCAUCAGAGUAAACUGCACAUGGAGGGUUUCCGCAGUCUGAAGGAGGGUGAGGCUGUUGAAUUCACCUUCAAGAAGUCUUCCAAGGGUCUUGAGUCUCUGCGGGUGACGGGUCCUGGAGGAGCUCACUGUCUGGGCAGCGAGAGGAGACCCAAAGGCAAGAGCGUCCAGAAACGCAGGGCCAAAGGAGACAGGUGUUACAAUUGUGGCGGUCUGGACCACCAUGCCAAAGAGUGCAAGUUGCCUCCCCAACCCAAAAGAUGCCAUUUCUGCCAAAGUGUCGCACACAUGGUCGCCAACUGCCCCGCCAAAGCCCAGCAGUCAUCUCAGGAAAAGUCUAGCGGUGUCCAAGAGGUGAAAGCGGAGCACAGUCAUUCCCCGCCACCCACUGGAAGCACCGACUGA